ACAAAGUUAAUAGCUUUCCAGCCACUGAAGGGACAUGGCACCCGAGAGCUAAUGCUACCUUCACUGAAGGUCUAUGGGAAGCCCGGGGACUACCCGAGCCCCGUCCUGCCCCGCCCCCCGGGAUCCCAACCCCGGCGGAGGCCAAGGCAGAAGCGGCGGCGCCUGCGCUCUGCCGCCCAAGAACCUCCAGUGGUUCUCAACUACUCUCUGAAGAUGGCUGACCCCACUUUUGCUGGUACCAGUAACAGCACAUCUUUUCGGGGUCUACGUGAACGCUUGGUUGCCAUGGCUCAAGAACUAGCUGAAGAAAGGCGACGUAAACAUGGUACUGACUCUUCUGCAGUUACAAAAAAGAAGUCAUCAUGUACACCUGAUGGUUCUGUCCUUAAAAAUGAUGUCAAACAGCAGCUAGCCAAAGAACGCAGAGAAGAACGGAAACGUCAGCAAGAAGCCAGCAAGGAAAAACAACUGCUUGAGAAAGAACAGAAGGCAAAGCUGCAGUAUGAAAAACAAUUGGAAGAAAAACUACGCAAACUGAAGGAACAAAAGGAAAAGGACGAGCGACGACGAGCUUCUGCAGAAGAAAAAAGAAAACAGAAGCAAGCAGAAGACAAAGAAAAAUUUAAGGCUGUCGUGUCUCGUACAAUGGAGCGAUGCAAUCGUAUUGAUCAACAACAGAAAAGGUGGUCGUGGGAGGGUGGUAUGAUGAACGCUGGCAAGUCGGGAAAACCAGAAAAUAAACGAAGCUCCUCUCUGAGUAAAAAAGACAACAACCGAUCAUAUCACAGUGCUAAUUUACAACCCGUGGAUGUCACUCCUAGCACGACCAAAUAUUUUGUCCGCUAUGUUAGUGUACCAAUGUUUACUAGUGAUGAGCUAAAAUCUGCUAUGUUCUGUAAAACAGAAGCACCUUCCCUUCAGGCCAGGAGGGAAGCACACCUUGAAGCAAGUGUGGGAGGACAACGUGUGGCAAAUGUUGAAGGAUCACCACAGAACCCAGAAAUGGACAAAAGAAAUAUAAACCUUACCACCAAGAAGCCCUUACUAUGCCACAUGCCAUGUUAUAGAUGGCCAUCAUCUCCUGCCCUUGAAUGUAGCCCACUUUCUUCCAUAAAGGCUCUGCAGAGUCGAAAGAUACGACCUCCAUCUCCUCUACCAGUCUCAUCAAGAUUAUCAACGAAGAAUUUUUUAUCAUUUAAAAUAACCCCAAUUCAGAAUAUCCUACGUAUGUCAAAUGCACUAGAUGUAGUAACAGCCAAAAAAGAAACCAUCCAAAAGCAUAUGAUCAUAAAAGAAUCUGAUAAUAAAAAUAUGCCAAGUGGUGAUGUGGCCAAGAAAUCUUUGAUACAGGUAUACCAUGCUGCAUAUGAGCAAAAAAGCAAAAAGGAGAAAGAAAGAGUCCAGAAAGAAGAGACAAAGCAAAGCAUUGCUAGGAAAUCAGAAGCUAUGGCAGAGAAACUAGAUAAAGUCCCAGCAGAAGAAUACACACCACACAAAGAGAAGCGACAAGAAAUCAAUCCAACAAAGAUACUUCUUGAGUCACCAGAAGGGCAGAUGGAACAGCUACAGAAAAAGGACAGUGCCAUGAUGAAAUCUCAGGGCAGUGCUGAACAGAGAAAGAAGGAACGGGAAAAAAUUAUGCUACAAUACUUGAAAGAAAGAGCAGAAAGGAGAAAGGCUUUAGAAAUGUCUUCUUCAUCUGAAGAUGAAGCUGAUGACGAACGUGAAACAGGAAGUGAAGACUCUUUUGAGGUGUUUCCAUCAGGAGGAAAAAUAUCUGUGAAACUCAAAAAGUUUCACAAGGAUGCCAAGACAAGGCCUCAAAAGCUUGUGUUUUUGCAAGCAGGAGCUGGUGAGGUUGAAACUGACAAAAAUGUAUAUUUUAGCGGCAUCACGAAAGCUGUCAAACAGAAAGACCCCCAAUACCCUACAAUCCAAGGAAAAGGCACAAAGUUACCAGCUAGAAAAAUACCUACUCACCCAAUAAGAAGUAGAAAAAUAAAGGAAGGCGGCACCACCAUCCGUCCCACUCAAAGUGACACUACCAAUCAGGAGUGGGUUUAUGACAGAGUUAUAGACCUUAGUCAGAUCACUGAACAACCUGUCGUAAAAACCAGUCCUGGUAGCAACAUACAAAGUUCAACGGAUUCUAUGAGAUCUCGCCAAAGUCCUCAGGCACAUUUGGACCAUAAGAAAAGAGCGAAAUGUGUUUCUGUCCCCUUAACCAAGGUUUUGUCCCAACUUCACAUAGCUGGAAGAGCAACUACUCUUGAACAUCCAUUUGCUUCCGUCUAUUCCAGACUGGCAUUUAGAGGAGAGGUAGAAGAGAGUGCUGAGUCUGUAGAUAUGUAAAUCCUGUGGGGUCUUGAAGAUUGAAGAUCUUCCACUCUGUAUUAAAUCUCCCAAGGCCAAGAAUCGAAAUUGUCUCCUUUUAUACUUGAACCCUGUCCAAAGUGGAAAAGAAAAAGGAAAACAAAGAAAAAAAAAACCAUCCAACAGUCACCUUGAGAAAAUAUUAAGAUCACUAGAAUUUUAAAUAAAAUGUUUGUUUUCCUUGAAA